AUGACAGAUUUUACAGAAGAGGAUACGUGGUUGGAAAUACAAGGUGAACUCAGUCUGAGGAAACUAGCAGAGGGUUCAGAGUAUCGAGAGGAACUAAAAUACGACUUCAAUAUAAAAGGGGAACUGAGGCAUCUGGAUACAAAUGAGUCCUUUGUUUUCAAUUACUACAAGAAUGACCAUGAGCAGAAUCAUAAACGCUAUGAAGUUCUGGGACAUUUUAUUACUCAGUAUGUUUAUGAGCUCCUGGAAAGAGUCUGCAUGCUGCAGAAGGUUUAUAUUCCUACUGAUGCUACAGAGGAUGAACCAAGAAGCUUCUUUUUCAUGAGCAAGGAUGCACUAACAAGUUCCUCUAGCCUAAUUAUCCUUCUUCAAGACCGUGGAGUUUUUUGUGCUGGACAGUGGGGGCGAAGGGCAAUUGUCAGUGAGGGCCUGAAACAUGGAACACAAAUACCAUUCAUCAAAAUGGCCCUGCAAAGCCACUGGGAAGUGAUUGUACUGAACCCCAAUGACAAUUUCACUGAUCUGAACACUGAAAAGGAGAGAUUUUCUGCCAGGGAAGAAGCGCUUACUUUUACCCAGGGUGCCUGUUGGAUCCCCAAAAGGGGCAGCAGCAGCCCUGAAGAGCAUACCGUGUAUGUAUGGGAUCAUUUCAUUGCACAGAGUGCAGCCAGGAACGUGGCCUUCAUUGCCCAUGGCUAUGGGGGGUUGGUGUUUGUUGAUCUGCUGGUGCAGAGGAAAUGUGAGGUGAUGAAUAAAGUGUGCUCUGUGGUGUUCAUCGACUCCACGCACAACGUGCAGCACCAGAGCAGACAUGAUCCAGAAAUACAGGAAUGGAUAAACAAAAACUGCCAAGAAUGGGUGUCUAACAGUAAACCCCUAAAUAAAACUGUGCACUUUCUCAUGAGAGCAAAUUGUCCCACUUUCUCUGCUGGAACAGAAAAGUAUAGUUUAGCACCCUCCUGCUGCUUACAAUCCAUCUUUAAGUACCUGAAAACCAUGCUGAAAGCCAAGAUCACAACAGCCUUGAGGAGUUCACCUGUUGCAACUAGAAGCAACACAAGAAAGAAGACAGGCAAUAAAUAAAGGUACACUGGUUUGUUCUUGAUAGUGGUCUCUCCCUUUCAUAAGUGCUUCUGCUCCUUUCCAUCACUUAAGCACCUUCAUCUCACUAUGGAGAAAUUCACAGUUCUGAGUUUGAAACUAUGUUUGGUUUUGGGAAGAAAAACACUAUUAGGAAAUAUAUGCCUUGUUUAAAGCCUUAAGCCACAACCCUUUGGCUAGCUGUGAAAUUUAAAGUUGAAUUCAAGAUGUUAAGGUAUACCAACUCUCAUCUAUCAUUUUCUAUAAUAAACAUUCUAUAGUUUUGGCUCUAUAAUCAGACUAAACGAUCAGGAAAACAUUUGCUUAAGUGCUUAGUUUCAUUAGAAGGCCAAAUCUGGAAUAGCAAAACAUGUAACAAUCUGUUUCCUCCUAUGUAUCAUGUAUUGUUUAAAAUCUACCAAGAGCUGGAACACACGGAGGUAAAAUAAUUUCCAUUUUAAAGCCCACUGAGCCUGUGAGAAUACUGGACAUGAGCUGCUACAGAGAUACACUAGUCUGGCAACCUGCAGUUACCAAGCUGAUGCAAGGGAAUUACACUGCUUUUCUCUCUCACUUGUUUAACUUUA